AUGGACAAAAAAGCACAAAAAGAGAUAAAAGUUGAAGGUCUGACUUAUGGGGAUCAGGGCAGCACACUGUCCCAAAGUUCCAGUGGGGUUACAGGCAGUCUGUUGGAGGCCAUUCAGCCUGAGAGAGACUGCAGUUCCCCAGUGACAUCUAGUCAGACCAGUCAGAGAGACAGUGGCACAGGGAACACACCCAUCCAAUUGGACAGUGGAUCAUCCUUUCUGGGUUCUUUGCACUCUCAAAGGAUUGCUCGUGCCAAAUGGGAGUUCCUGUUUGGAAAGACUUUAGAAGACCACCAUCGUGUAACUGUUCCAGUUUCCUCUAUUACACCCUGCAGUGGCCACGACAGGGAUCCUUCUUGUGAAUUCACAGCAACUUUUUCUGAUGUCAGACCAAUCUCCCUGAUCCAGAAUACUUCCAGCCAUGAUGUUCAGCAGGUGGACAUGGAACCAGUCAACCCACCUUUUUCAUUAGCACUUGGCUCAUCCCCUAAGACUGGCAUCAUUAAGCGCACUAUCAAAUACUCCGAAACUGAUCUGGAUGCAGUUCCCCAGCGUUGUUAUAGAGAGACAGACAUUGAUGAAGUUAUACAAUCUGAACAGGAGGAAAUUGACUCAGCAUUCAGCAGUGACCGUAGUGUACUGGCCACCUCUGGCACCAUCAGUGGCAGUAAUUUUGAGCAACUAUUUUGUUCACAGUCAAGUGACGAUGAGGUACGGCUGCAGGAUGAAGAGAUGGUGAGCUGGGCAAGUGUGAGAAUGCAUUGUGACCGAAAGAGACAGCAAGCUGUGCAGGAGGGAGAUGAGAUGUUCAGCCACUUGCUUGAAAGUUCUCAGAACUGCCUAGGGGACAGCCAUACUUCCCUAAAGUCUCCUAUCACUGUGGAUAGUCCUAGCAGGAUCUCCACAGAUGGCCUUGACUCUUUCAGUCGUCAUUUUGAGAACAUUAUAGAAUCUCACCGGGCCAAGGGCACCUCUUACAGCAGCCUAGACAGUGUAGACAUGGCUUCUAGUGGCCCACCCAUUUUUACAUUUGACCUCCCAACAUUGACCCCUGAGAUACAAACCCAGAUUUGUGCAAGUGCCAAGCAAAUCAUUGAUUUAAGCUUUGCUUCCCUAAAUCAACCUAAAUCUCCUAGCACUUUUGAGGCAUUGAUUGGAGCAGACCAGAUCAUGUCAGUAAAGGAGAGUGAGUUGACGGACAGUGUCCAGCCAGAGAACUUCAUUUCAUCUAACACUGUGAUGACACAAAGGGAACGAGGAUCAGGACUUGUCACAGAAUCUGACCAUGAGGUGGCACAACGCUUGGCAUUGGGCACCAACGAAAACAUUUUUAAUGGCAAGGCCGACCUUCAGGCUGCCAAACUGCUGGCCAAACGUCUCUACAACCUGGACGGCUUUAGGAGGUCUGACAUUGCAAGACACCUGAGUAAAAAUAAUGAUUUUAGCGGAAUGGUGGCGGAAGAGUACCUGAGUUAUUUCAAUUUUGCUGGCAUGAGUCUAGAUCAGGCCCUAAGAAUUUUCCUAAGAGAGUUUGCUCUUAUGGGUGAGACGCAGGAAAGAGAACGAGUGCUGUCGCAUUUCUCCAGAAGAUAUCAUCAGUGCAACCCCAACACUGUACCAAAUGAAGACAGUGUUCACACUCUGACCUGCGCUUUGAUGCUGCUCAACACAGACCUACAUGGCCAUAAUGUGGGGAAGAGGAUGUCAUGUGCACAGUUUAUAGGCAACCUGGAGGGUUUAAAUGAUGGGCACAAUUUCCCCAAAGAUCUUCUCAAGGCACUCUAUAACUCCAUCAAGAAUGAAAAGCUGCAAUGGACAAUUGAUGAAGAGGAAGUGUGUAAGUCUGUGUCAGAACUGGCUGACAGCAGGACAGACUCUGCGUCCCACACCCUGAAGAGGAUUACUAGUGGCGGUGCUCCUCUCGUGUCUCUGGCACAGCAAUCAAAUGCUCAGUUGUAUAAGAAAGGCUUCCUUGUGCGCAAGGUGCAUGCUGACCCUGAUGGCAAGAGAACGCCUCGAGGUAAAAGAGGAUGGAAAACAUUUUAUGUCUUCCUGAAAGGACUUGUCCUUUAUUUGCAAAAGAGUGACUUUAGUACGCAUAAGCAGAUGUCUAAUGAGGACCUGAAGAGCGCUGUGUCCAUCCACCACUCUCUAGCUAUGAAGGCAGCAGACUACAGUAAGAGACCAAACGUGUUUUACCUGCGCACUGCUGACUGGAGGGUCUUCCUGUUCCAGGCCCCCAAUGCGGAGCAGAUGCAGUCCUGGAUCACGCGCAUCAACACGGUGGCAGCCAUGUUCUCCGCCCCUCCCUUUCCAGCAGCCAUCGGUUCACAAAAAAAGUUUAGUCGGCCGCUUCUACCGGGCUCCACCACCAAACUGUCCCAGGAGGAGCAAGUAAAAUCACAUGAAAUGCACUUCAGAUCCAUCUCUUCUGAGCUGCAAGAAUUGCACUCUGUUCCUCAGGAGAGGAAGCCUAAAGGGAAGGAGCAAGAAGAAACCAAGCAGAGGGAGGAGUACCUGGAGUUUGAGAAAACUCGCUAUGGGACAUAUGCCAUGUUAAUGAGAGCGAAGAUUCGCAUGGGUGAGUCAGAUCUGGUGGCGUUUGAGUCUCGUUUGUUUUCUGACGGCACCCUGCAGCGGACAAGUUCUAGCCCCUCGCUGGCACAUGACACCAGCCACGCCAGCGUCAGCAGUUGCAGUUCCAGAAGUAAGAAGAGCAGCCGAAGUGAAAGCCAGAGACACAAGCCAGCUGUGAAACAGUGAGUUCUCAAUCCAGGGCACUUGAUGGCUGCUUUUUGGUGCUCCUGAUCCAGACUGCAGGGCUGAGAAGAGCAUCGAUAUGAGUGAAACAUGGCAGUUUGUGCACUACACUGCAGUGGCCGCACACGUCGUGCACUCCGCUCGAGCAGUGCUAGAGGAUAUGAUCAAACGUGAAGAUGGAAGUUGGGUAUGAUGGUGGGUCGCCUUACUUCCUCACGAAAGCAUGCUUUUUGUGGUCAGUGAUUACAGAACAGGCCUAUAGAGGGCAGAGGAGUGUGAAUAUAGCCAUCCUCCCUUUACCUUUAUUACCUUUCUAGCCUGGCUUUAUACUUCUCUUAGCUUGACCUAUAUAAUGUAUAGAAAGAUUUAGACUAUUUAAAGCUUAUCUACUUUAAGCUUAAAUCUGAGCCUCAUUCUUUUUGCAUUAUCACUGAAAUGAUUUCCUUAUUUAUUUAUUUUUUUUUGUUGCUAGAAGUAGCUACUCAAAAUAUUUUUUCUAGCAAGAAUUGCAUAGAAAAACAUAUGUGUAUAGAGCUCUUGAAAUCAUGAUUUGAGCAUGCAUGUUAUGUAAAGUCAGUUCCCUCUUUGGAUUCCCACUGUUUGUAUGGUAUGUUUUGUAGGGUUUUAUUCUUUUUCUUUUUUCUUUUGUAACCUAAAAAGCACACUACAGAUUGCAAAAAUUUAAUGUUAGAGCCAUGGUUCUAUAUGUGGGUUCUGAGAACCUCAAGAAGUAUGGGCAGGGGAUUUGUAAUUUCUUAUUUGUUUGUUUGUUUGAUUUAUUUUAUUACAAUGGUGAAAAUCAACAACCCACCGUUAUCAAAAGUUAUUGAAUUUAUUGUUGUUUUCUUAGAAUCAAUAGCCUGUUUGAAUGCCUACUUGUGUUUAGGAUAAUAAUCCAGACCCCAGCAACUCAAAAUUAUGCAGGCUUCUGAAUGAUCUUGACUUGAACCCAAUAGCACUGAUGUUACUUAAAAAAACAAU